CCAAAACGUACUGUGAAUUCACAAGGGAAAGCAUUUGUUCUUGCACCUGAGGAGCGGAUGAAGGAUCCCUUUUGGUUUAGUUUCUUUGAGCGGAGGUGGCAAAAGCAUGAGCUGAGAGUAGCUCAAAAUCGACUGGCAGGAUCUCAGCUAGACUCAAGUAUAAAGGUGGUUGAUGUUGACAGUGUGGCUCAGAAAGCCAAAGAGGAUGCAGAUGAACCUCUAGAACCCCUUGAGCAAGAUGAAUCUGCUCAGCUCCACCUGCAGACCCAUACUCAAAACCCCAGGACUCCUGAGAAGCAACGGUCCCCUGCAGCUCAGGAAGAGCACCCAGUUCAACAGCAUGUUAGCGAGGAGGUUGUGCCAUCAGUGGAAAAAAAGCCUCAACAUUCAACAUUGCCAGAUGCCACAGUUCAACCUGCAGAUGUGCAGAUUACCUUCACCACUCCCAGUCACCAACAGACUGCAGGCCAUCCUCCAGGGAGACCUCCGGAGGAAGAGCUUUCACCUACCCAACAAGAGGUGCCAGCUCAACCUUCAGAGCUCCCAGAGUUUGGAGACCCUUCUGAAAGCCAUCUAGAAGCCCCAGCUCAGCCUGAAAAACCUUUUGAGGGAGUCACACCUCCAGGUGAGCAGGAGGCUCCUGUUCAAGCUCCAGAGGCCCCCAUGGAAAGCAUAGAGGCAAGUCCCCCAAACCAUGCGCUAACAGGUCAGUCUCCAGGAGAGGUCCAAGCUCACCAUGCCAACGUCUCCUAUAUUACAGAUAAGCCCCCAGAUGUAAUAGUUACCAUCACUGCAAUGCCUACCAAGGAGACUGAAUCGCCUCUAUCCCACAAUGAGGCUCCAGCUGGUCCUGCAGUUUACAGAGAAGAGAUAGAACCGGCUUUCAGUGAGCAGGAGCAUAGAUCACAACCUGAGUCUCUUGGGGAGACUCAGCCUUCUGUAAUACAGCCUGAAGUCCCUGCUCAGGCUUCAGAGCACAAUGGGGAGGUUGAAUCUUCUCUAACCCAGCAGGAACAACCAGCUCAGUCUUUUGAGCAUUAUCAAUGGACAGUUUCACCUCCAGGUCAAAUGAAUCCUGUGGACCUGGAACUCACAAUUACUCCAGAAAUCUCUACUGCAGCCCAACCUUCUAAGGACCUAAAAAAGUGGCCUAGGGUAAUACUUCAACCUGUAGACAUCCAACUGUCUGUAACUAUACAAGCUGUUCUUGAAGAUAAACUUCCUCCAACAGUAGAUGAGGCCCCAAGUCAGCCUAUAAUGCCAACUACGGAGGUUAUGGGGCAAUCUGAAGAAAAUCAGGGGGUGACAGUUCUUGUCACAGGUCAGAAUGAAACUCAGCAUUCAGCAUUGCCCAAUGUGAUAUUUCAACAAUUUGACCUGGAAGUUACACUAACCCCUGACUCCACCAGAGAGCAUGAACAUUCUUCAGUUCCAAAGAAAACAACUCCAGAACAACCUGAGGUAAUCUUUCUACCUCCAGAUAAGAUUCAGUCUGAGCAUCCCAAUCUGAAUGAAGUCAUGGUUCCACAUCAUUUUGAUGUAGAAAUUACCUUUACUCCAGAAUCAAAUAUGGAGGUUGGACUUUCUCCAACCAUACAGGAGACCUUAACUGACCUUUCAACACCACCUAAGGAUUCUACAACCCAAGCCCCAUUUUCUAUCACAGGUCCGACUCCAACCUGGACUCCAAUGAAACACAAGGUCACAUCUCAACCAAUGGGCCUACCCCUUUCCACAACCUCAGAACCCACUACAGAGGCUGAAAAUUCUUCAUCCCUGAAGAAGACCACAGCUACCACUCAAGUGACAUUUCCUCCUCAAGGAAAUGUCACACAACCUACUAUUAAACUUAGUUCAGUCACAUCGGAAACUAUGCAGGAGACCCCACCUCAGCAUCUGCAGGAGACCUCACCUCAGUAUCUGCAGGAGACCACACCUCAGCAUCUGCAGGAGACCUCACCUCAGCAUCUGCAGGAGACCCCACCUCAGCAUCUGCAGGAGACCACACCUCAGCAUCUGCAGGAGACCUCACCUCUGCAUCUGCAGGAGACCACACCUCAGCAUCUGCAGGAGACCUCAACUCUGCAUCUGCAGGAGACUUCAACUCUUCAUAUACAGGAGAGCACACCUCAGCAUCUGCAGGAGACCACACCUCUGCAUCUGCAGGAGAGCACACCUCUGCAUCUGCAGGAGACCACACCUCUGCAUAUACAGGAGACCCCACCUCAGCAUCUGCAGGAGACCCUACCUCAGCAUCUGCAGGAGACCUCACCUCAGUAUCUGCAGGAGACCACACCUCAGCAUCUGCAGGAGACCACAACUCUGCAUCAGCAGGAGACCACACCUCAGCAUCUGCAGGAGACCACACCUCAGCAUCUGCAGGAGACCUCACCUCUGCAUCUGCAGGAGACCACACCUCAGCAUCUGCAGGAGACCACACCUCUGCAUCUGCAGGAGACUUCAACUCUUCAUAUACAGGAGAGCACACCUCAGCAUCUGCAGGAGACCACACCUCUGCAUCUGCAGGAGAGCACACCUCUGCAUCUGCAGGAGACCACACCUCUGCAUAUACAGGAGACCCCACCUCAGCAUCUGCAGGAGACCCUACCUCAGCAUCUGCAGGAGACCUCACCUCUGCAUCUGCAGGAGACCACACCUCAGCAUCUGCAGGAGACCACAACUCUGCAUAUACAGGAGACCACACCUCAGCAUCUGCAGGAGACCACACCUCAGCAUCUGCAGGAGACCUCACCUCUGCAUCUGCAGGAGACCACACCUCAGCAUCUGCAGGAGACCUCAACUCUGCAUCUGCAGGAGACCCUACCUCAGCAUCUACAGGAGACCAUACCUCAGCAUCUGCAGGCGACCCUACCUCAGUUUCUGCAGGAUACACCAACUCAACCUCUGCAGGAGAUUCCCACUCACCAUCUUCAGGAGACCCAAAUAAAAAAUCGUAGGGAGACUCCAACUCAGCCUGUACAGGAGGUCCCAACUCAGCCUCUGCAGAACACCCCAACUCAGUCACGGCAGGAGACCACAACUCGGCCCCUGCACGAGACACCAAAUAAACCUCUGUGGAAGACUGUAACUCAGCCUAAGCAGAAGACCGGAAGCAUGCCUUGGCUGAAGACCCCAACUCAGCCGUGGCAGAAGGCCUCAACUCAGCCUCUGCCUAAGCCCUCAAAUUGGCCUAAUACAAUGAAAACUCAGCCUACACGUAGGCCACAGUUAGAGGCUGUGGCUAAACCUUCAACAACAGGGUAUCACCUAGUGUCACAAUUUAUAGAGACUACUACUACUACUACUCCAAAGCACAAUGAAGUGACACUUGGACAUCCACACAGGUUGCAAAAUCAGCAUUCAACCUUGACUCAAGGCACAGUUAAACCAUUGACUCAAUUUCCAACAACCACCAUCACAGAAAAUGCUUUAGCUGUGCGAACAGAGCAGAAUGCCCCUUCAAGCAUGAACUUAUGUGAGCUCUGUCACUGCCAAAACCAGACACUGUCCUGUGUGGAUCUCAGCCCAGAGCAGAGGCUCCGCCAAGUUCCUGUGCCAGAUAUGGACCCCAAGAAGCAACUUUUCACUGUCUUAAAUUUCAAAGGAAACGAAAUUUCUUAUAUUGAAGAAAAUGUAUGGGCAUCAUACCGUUGGACUGAGAAACUAAUUCUCAGUGAAAAUCGCCUCACUGAAUUACAUAAGGAUUCAUUUGAAGGACUCCUAUCUCUUGAAUAUUUAGAUUUGUCCUGCAAUAAAAUACAGUCAAUUGAAAGACGGACAUUUGAAUCAUUGCCUUUCCUGAAGUUCGUAAAUCUCGGUUGCAAUUUAAUCACAGAAGUGAGCUUUGGAACAUUCCAGGCAUGGCAUGGGUUGCCGUUUUUACACCAGAUAGUUCUCAAUCAUAAUCCUCUAACAACUGUUGAAGUCCUGUUUAAAUUGCCUGCAUUAAAAUAUCUAGAUAUGGGAUCAACACAAGUGCAACUUAUGACAGUAGAGAAUAUCCUCAUGUUGACCCUUUCGUUGGAAAAACUGGUCUUGCCUCACAAUAUGGCCAGCUGCCUCUGCCAAUUUAAAAACAAUAUUGAGGUUAUCUGCAAGACAGUCAAGCUACAUUGUGACAGUGACUUGCUGACAAACAACACACACUGCCAUGUGUCUGCUGUUUCCGGCCAGGCCAAUUCUACACUGGGCCCAGGAUCAGUUCUACCCUAGGUCAAAUCCUGAUGGAGGUAGUAAGGCUGUAUUCAUCCUCUUUACAGAUCCCACCUGAACUUUCAUCUAAGAAGGGACAAUUAGACUUAGUAGGGUCCUCUGCUCCAUCUCAGCUUUUUGGUGACACUCAGGAGCCAACUGAGACCAACACAGAUUCUGCAAGACAGCUAUCUCCUGGCUCAAUGAUGUUACUGUUUUUCAUCAAGACACACCAGGCAAGAUGAAUCUGCAGCACAGACUCCCACAGAUGGUGCCAGUUCUUGAUAUAAACUGUUUCUCCAUAGAAAUUUCCAAGGAAACGGUAGUUCUUAUACUGAAGAAAAUAUAUGGGCAUCGUACCAUUGGACUGAGAAACUAAUUCUCAGUGAAAAUCGCCUCACUGAAUUACAUAAGGAUUCAUUUGAAGGACUCCUAUCUCUUGAAUAUUUAGUUCUCAAUCAUAAUCCUCGAACAACUGUUGAAGUUUCCUAUCUGUUUAAAUUGCCUGCAUUAAAAUAUCUAGAUAUGGGAUCAACACAAGUGCAACUUAUGACAGUUGAGAAUGUCCUCAUGUUGACCCUCUCGUUGGAAAAACUAUUUAUUCCCACAGAGCAUCAGCAACAGGAAGUAAAGAGUUCUCAAGGAGCUUUUUUGGAUUUCUGCGAAGGAAAUGCUCAUCAGAAACUACAAGUCAGGCAAGUUAAGGACUUAGUUCUGUGGCCAGAAAAGGGAAGCGAAUGUAGAAUUAAUAUUUCUCCUUGUCUCUCCUAGGAGGGCUUCUCCUUAUGGCAACCAGUUUGGCUGAGGGAUAUGUACAGACCUCUCAAUGCCACACGCAAGAAAAACAUGGCCAACAAGCUACAUGACAGGGACUCUUCCGAUGAGGAAGAGAGUUUGCAUAAGAAGAGAAAAGGGGAUCCCAGUGACAUCAUCAUAGAGAUUCCACCAUUAUCAUCACCACCACCAGCCUCAUCACCACCUCCUCCUCCUCCUCCACCUGCUGAAAGUGAGACCACCGGCGAUCCUGGGUGUUGCGGUGCUAUGCGUGCCUCAUAAGUCUGAGACUUUUACACUUGGACUCUCGCAUUGUUUAUUCCACACCUAAUUUCUAACAUAUGCUAACAUUUUGGCAUACUGUUGCCUCAGAUUAAAUUGUAUACAAUUCAUAACCAUUUCCAUGGGUGGUACUUACAUAUAUGUGUGCAAUAACAGGGGCACAGGCAGGAGCGGCAGGACUGUGGCUAGGGCUGUGUCAUGGCAGUCAUGCUUGCAGAAGGUAUAGGUGGCUUCCAAAGAGGACAUCCUGCCUGCAUUCUCUCAGUGUAAUCAACUUCUGGGGAACAAGAGAAUAUAUCCUGAACAUGUAAGUUUGGGGUUUUGUUCAAAAUCUCAAAAUCUGCCUAUUUUCUGGGAAGUUUCUGGGAAGUGAUAGAAGUCAAAUAUGGCUAAGGAAAUUAAAUGAAAAGGAGAGCUAUAGAUUCUUCUGGAAGUUCUAAAGAUACUAAAAGUGGGACUGGAGGAGGUGAGAAAGGGGCCACAUUACUUAUCACUAUAAAUAGAUGCACAUUCGGGCCUGAGACUUGGCUUCAAAGCAAAACCUUUGCUUUGGGGGCAGCUGCCUGGCACUAAUGGGAAAUAUCCAGACCAGGCUUAUGGGUUCCUCAAG